AUGACGACCUUUACCAAAUUGGAAGAUCAUGAGACGCCUCUCAUCUCUGUGCACCCAGCAAGGCGCAUUUCCAAGAUCAACCCGAACAUUUAUGCUGGCUUUACUGAGCAUAUGGGACGGUGUAUCUAUGGUGGCAUCUAUGACCCCGGAAACCCGUUAUCGGAUGAAAAGGGAUUCCGCAAAGACGUCCUGGAGGCGUUGAAGGGGCUCAACAUUCCCGUCGUUCGGUACCCCGGCGGCAAUUUCUGCGCGACAUAUCACUGGCUUGAUGGCGUUGGUCCUAAAAACCAACGGCCAGCGCGACCAGAGCUAGCAUGGCUCGGAACCGAGACGAAUCAAUUUGGCACUGAUGAAUUCAUGCAAUGGUGUGAGGCUCUCGGAACGGAGCCAUACCUUUGCUUCAACUUUGGUACCGGCACCUUGGAUGAAGCCUUGGGUUGGGUUGAAUACUGCAAUGGAACUGGCAACACUUACUAUGCCAAUCUAAGACGAAAAAAUGGCCGUGAAGAGCCCUACAAUGUCAAGUACUGGGCCCUUGGAAACGAGUGCUGGGGUCCCUGGCAGGUAGAGCAGAUGACCAAAGAAGCAUACGCUCACAAGGCUAUUCAAUGGGCCAAAGCUCUCAAACUCCUGGAUCCCACCCUCAUCUUGAUUCUCUGCGGUCAAGAUGGUACUGCUUCCUGGGAUUACUACACACUAAACCAGUGUCUUGUGCCUGCUCACUCCGCAUUAUCAACCAGCUCCGUUCCCUUGAUUGACAUGCACAGCAUCCAUCUCUACACAUCCUCAUCAUCCCAUCUGCACAACGUGACAGCACCACUGGCAGCCGAGCGCGCAAUUGAAAUCACAUCUGCCUUGAUCGAUCUUGCCAGGGUAGAGAACAAAGUGCCCCCGGAGCAACUUCGCCCGACAAUCUGCUUCGAUGAGUGGAACGUCUGGGAUCCAAUCCGUGCAGAGGGAAGCCAAGGCGCCGAAGAGAACUACACCCUCUCCGACGCACUCGCAGUUGCCGCCUGGCUGAACGUCUUUGUCCGAAAGAGCAAGGAUGUCAGCAUGGCAUGUAUCGCGCAGACUGUGAACGUCAUUUCGCCCUUGAUGACCAGCCCAGAAGGAAUCACCAAGCAGACCACCUGGUGGCCACUUUGGUUAUUCUCGCGCUACAUGCGUGGCUGGACAGUUGCAAGUCAUGUUUCUUGUGGGACAUACGACGGUGAGACCACUCCCCAGUGGAUUCGAAGUGCCAAGGAGACGCCCUGGUUGGAUGUUAGUGCUACUGUCGGGGAUGACGGGUUUGUCAACGUUGCUGUGGUGAAUAUUCACGACACUCAAGAUUUGGAAAGUCGGGUUGAGGGAGCCCAGGGAGAAGUUACUGUCUUUACGGUCACUGCGAGCGAUUUGGCCGUGACGAAUAUGAAGGGCAAGGAAGAAGUGGCGAUCCAGGAGUCAACCUGGAAUGGAAAUGGGUCGUAUGUGUUCCCGCGACACUCGCUUACUCUGCUACGGUGGAAGGCUGAGUGA